AUGUUGAAAUGGUUUGAACAUCAUUUAAAUUCAGAGUAUGCAAUGAAUGGAAUAGGUACCUGCAGUUCAUCAGAAGGUGAUACAAAUUCAGUUGAAUAUGAUAGUAUAAAUUUUAUUAAAUCAAAUGAGAUACAAAAAUUAGAAUGUGAUACAAUUAAUAAUAGAAAUCAUUUAAAUCAUAUUCGAUAUAGAAAUGGAUUUAGUGGUAAUAAUUAUCAUAAUCCUCAACAAGAAUCACGUUCAUCAAUUGCAGGAUCAAUUGAUUAUGAAGUAGCUAGUAUAAAUAAAAAUUGUGAAAAUAUAGAAGUACCUGUUCAACAUUAUCCAGUGACUUCAUCAGCAUCAUCAAAAAAUACAUCCCCAUUUCAAUAUAGACCAAUGUCAUUUAGGCAAAAAUCAUCAAGUUUAACAAAUAAAAAUAAAGAAUUACCUCCACCAUAUGGAAAAAAACCACCAUCAUAUACACAAUAUCAACAAAUUAAUUCACGUUCAGGAACUCCAAAUUUAAAUAUGAAACAUUUUAAACCUAAAGCAACAUCAACUCCAAAAACUGAUAAUGAUGUAUCAUCAUUCUUCUCUUCAUCACAAAAUAAUGUUCCAAAAGAGGGGGAACGUCGGCAUAUUGAUCGUGAAAAUGAUAAAUCAUUAAGUGUAUAUGAAAAUGUAGAAAUGGAACAAGAUAGUUAUUUAUAUACAGAACCUAACAAUUCUGAUAAAAUAUGUGAAGAAGAGAAAUGGCAAAAUUAUGGAUGUUUAUAA